UUUCUCCUUCAAUGUUUAUCCAUUUGUGGAUCUCCUUUAAAUCGCAUGUCUGUUUACACUCUUGUGGCUCCUUUAAUUUUCUGCUUUAAGUUAUCAUGUUUCUCUCCAUGUUUCUACCACUCUGAUCAUUUUUUGCUUCUUCACAAUUGUUAUUUCCAAUUCUGAUUCUCAAAGAUCAUGUAACUUUAUUUUCAUUGGUGUUUUCUUCAUUUUCAUAUCUCAUCGACCUCUCAACUGAUAUUCUCACCUAAUUACUUAUUUCGUGUUUGUAAAUUAAUUUUCUGUGUGUUGGUGUUGAUAUAUUUUACUCAACGAUGUUUAAUCAACAACAAUUAACCGCCUGUGAUCAAAUUGAUUAUGAUGUACCUCCGUCAACUUGUGGUUAUCCCAUUUACUUUAGCAUUUGUGGUCAACCCGAUCAGACCUUCAAUCGUCAUUCAAAUUCAUCUGCAACGUUACCUCGACAACAUUCACAAUUAGCUAAUUGUAAUAAUAUAAUUAACAACAACAAUUAUACUGACAUUCAUCGGUAUAAAACAUUACCACACUCGGUGAAAGGUUAUGACGAUAUUAAUGGUAAUCGUAAUGAAAAUGUUUUAAUACCUGAUCGUGAUUUCAACUUUAAUCAACUGCUUCGAUUAUCAGAAAAUCAGCCCAAAAAUAUAUCAGAUUGUGGUCAAAUCUACGAUGUACCUCAACCACAUCCUCGACUUACUCCCUUGACACCACCAGCAAAUGGACAAUCAGAUAUAAGACUGGACAAUGUUUAUCCUGCACAAUUAGUGAUAACGACAAACAAUUACGAUAAUCCACAAUUUCCACCAACACCUCCACCAUCAUCAUCAUCAUCAUCGAUGGACAAAGGGUUAAUAGAAAACCAAAGCUUAAAACAAUUACCAAGAAGCGGAAGCCACGAUUUUUCCCGUUCGUCUUUACCUCGGACCAUUUGUACUAACACAUCUUUACCCUUACCCUUGACCACAAUUAAACCAAUAAGUAACUUCGGGUCAACCUCAUCACUACCUUCACCCAUUCCCAACCAUUCAAGCCUGGAAACUUCAACAACCUCAUUCUCGAGUUCCGAUAACAAUAACAACAACAACAACAACAACAACGCAAUUAGAAGCAACAAUUCAAAUCGUUUCAGUUUAAGUGACCAAUCAAUGGGAGGGUCAAGUGAAACAUAUGAUGUACCACCAAACAGAGAAACAGGUAAACCCUUGACCGAUAUGGUUAACGGUUGUUGCUCCAAUUGUGGUACAUUGACUCUACCAAGAGGGUCACUCUCUGGGUUUCAAAGGAAAACGAGUUAUAAUACCUUGAUUGAUGAAAGAAAUUAUGAUAAAUCAACUUCCAAUAAUCUAAUUAAAAACAAUCAAUUAACUUAUGAUGUUCCCAAAAACACCUUAAGCCGAAAUAAUAAUUAUCAUGAUCGAUGCUCAUCAUCAUCUUCUCAACGCCCAAUGAAAGCGAUAACUGCCAUUGCCCGAUCCUAUUCAUCCAAUAACAAUACCAACAAUAACUCAUUAUCAUCCUCAUCAUCAUCUUUAUCCUCUAAUCAACUUGAUAAUUACAUUAUUGAUUCUUUUGGGCUUGAUUUAAACCUUGAUGGUGGCCUGAUAUUGGCUAAUAGAUUGGAGAGUGAGUCUCUUGAGGCUAUUGGUAAACUUAUUGGAAUCAGUUCAACGGAAGGUUGGAGAAAACGGGAAAACCUUGAAACUAAAUUAAGUGAAUUAACUAAAUUAUGCUCUCAAUUGAAAUGUGUUAUCCGGGAAUUGGAAGUUUUCACUGAUGGUAUUUACAUUAAUUCAUUGAAAAUUCAAUCAACUUCAUCAUCAAUUAAUAAUAAACUUCAUCGUCUCUCCAGGCAAUUGAAAGAUUCAGCUAAUAUUGUAAUCUCAACUAUUCGUAGUAUUGAAUCAAGAGGUUGGAAUUUAAAUGAAUUAUCAAUAAUCAACACCCAAAAUGAAUCAAGGAAAGUUUCACAUGAUGAACUUGAUCAAUUAAUCGCUUGCAUGCCUGGACUCAAGGAAGAUAUUAAACAUAUCAUGUCCCUGGUAAAAUCUUAUGGAAACUUGUUGUUUCCUAUUGAAAAGCAGGUUGACAAACAACAACAACAACAACAACCUACGAUAAAUAAAAUGAAUUGCUGUCUAUCAAACACCAUUGGCUCAGUUUCAAGCUCAACAUGCAAAUCCACCUCCGGAUCAGUGAAAAGUUUGCCAAGUAAACCACCUCCUCCUCCAGUUCCACCUAAGCCACCGAUCAAUUUGAGACCUUUACCCUUGGUUCCUAAGGAUAAUCUAUCUUAUUCUUCAUCUGAAACAACAGAUAAGAUGAAAGAUUUAAAUCUUGGCAAAGUGACACUUGAAAGUGGAACAACAACAACCAAAGAGGAAGAUUAUCAAAAACUAGGAAAUCAAAUAAAAGAUGAGGAUGCUGAUGAGAACGAUGAUUAUGCAAGCCUUGAGACAAGAGAUAAAAUUAGUCAAAGAAAUUUAUGCAAUUCCAAUACAUCAAAAAGACUCAUUUCCCCUGAAAAUUUCAACCCUAAUCUACAAAUCGUCACAAACAAAAACAUCAAUCAAAAAGUAACAUCAUCAGAAGAUUAUCAUGAUGAUAAAUUGAAAAUUUUCAGUGAAUCAAGAUCAACAAUUGAUAAAUUGUUAUCCUAUUAUUGUCCACUUUUGGAGGAGCACAAUCAGAACCUUCGUAACUCUGUUAAUGCUUUAAUAUCGGCAAUCAACACGAAACAAUUACCUAAUGUGCUCAUCAGCUUAUCCAAAUUGGUGAUUAUCGCUGGUCAACAAAUGAUUUCAAUCGGUGAUACGAUUAAUCGUAAUGUUUCAGGAGAAAUGAGCUGUUAUAUUGCGAAAUGUUCAAAUUCGUUGUGUCAAUCGUUGAAAAAUCUUAUCACAAAUACGAAAACAGCGGCCAGUCUAUAUCCGUCCAGUUCUGCGCUUCAAGAUCUUUUAGACUCGAUUGUCCAAGUUUCGAUUCACUCUGAUCAGUUAACUCUUCUUAAAGAACAAAAUUUUCUCAACUAAUAAUAUUAAUCAACUGGAAAUUAUCACAAUUACAAUCACCACAGAAUAUAAGUGAUAUUGAUUAAUUGUAUUAAAUUGUUAGUCUAUUUUGUCUGAAAAUCUAAAUCAUUUCCUAUGGAAACAAUUAUCAUUAAAGAUGAAACUUUAAAAUCUAAUGUCAAGUUAAUUUUUGUAUCAUAAAAGUAAUUUAUCAAUAAUAAAUCAAUUACUUUAUCACCUGA